AUUUUCUCCAGAUCGAUCACUCAAAGCCAUUCUCAAAAAUCCUCUUCCUUCUCGUUUCUUCUCUCCUUCUCUAAAUAAAGUCUCUUUUUGAAUUUUAGGGGGGCAAAAAAAAAAAAAAAUGAACUACAUCAGCAGAAAGAUUCACCUUUACAACGUGACCAUGGGGCUCUACAUGCUUGACUGGUGGGAGAGAUGUCUGUUCAACAUGUUGAUCAUGGUGCUGCUUUGGUUCGUGUGCUACAACGGAUCCAAGUCUACAAUGGAAUUCUACAACAAUCAUCUUAAAUCUGCCAUUUUUGUCGGCGGAAACUUCGGAGCUGGGGCAACCGUACCAUCUUAAUCAGCAUUAAGAACUGGCGCUGUGGAGCGUGUUCUCCGGGAGCAAGGGGAAAUUUUAAUUAGGGUUCAUUCCGUCCAUCGUCUUCUGUAUUUUUAGUCCCAAAUGUGUAACGUGAACGUUGUUUGUACAAGUCGAAUUAAAUAAAUAAAUAAAUAAAG